UUUAGUAUAUAUUCCGGUCAGUUUAACUAAGAAAUGCGAAACAGUUCUCACUGUGUAGAAAAUCCAAGGAAAGUAUACCAUAACAAGCAGCAAAACGCAGUUUAGAGGGACUACCAGAUAACGUUCAAAGAAUUCCGAAGAUAUUCUGUACAUAUAAAUCAGAUUAUAUACAGAAUUUGAAAAUGAAGCUGUUUACUUACUGCUCCAUUUUGUGGCUGCUCCUGAACCUGUCUGUGGAACGUGGUGAAUGUAACAAUUUAUCUACAACUGCACUGAUCCGGAACCAGCUCAGACUGCUGGAGAAAGUCACAGAGAUGUUGGCUUCUAAGAGGCAGGUCGUUUUCCAUGCCGAAGUGGGCACCACACAACAAACGUUUCAAAAAGAUAAUAUCUGGAUCUAUGACAAAGUUAUCACCAAUGUUGGAAAUGCUUACAAUCCUAGUACAGGGAAAUUCACAGUGCCCACCAAUGGUAUCUACCAGUUCCAUUGGUACACUCUGAGUGAUCCUAAAAAAAUGUCACACGCCGGGUUAUUUGUCAAUGGAAGGAUGCUAGCACGUCAAGCUUCAAAUAACAGUGGUGGUUCAAACCAGUGGAUAACAGCUGGUAGCAGCAUUGCGCUUCCACUGAAAAAGGGAGAUGAGGUUUACAUAAGGAAUGUCCAUGUUUCAUUGCCAACACAUCUAAUGGGCCCGUGGACAGCGUUUGGUGGUGUACUGAUAAAUUAAUACCAUAUUCCUUUAGACCUUCAAAGGUUGAAAUAAAAAAAUGAAAAAUUUACUGAAAUAGCUGUAAACUUGUUAUUUAUGUACAAUUUACACCAUCUUGAAUACUCAAAUGUCGUACUACACAGUUAAGUUUAGUUGUGUAGUACAGGUUUAAUUGAGUACUAUAUCAUUUAUGACACGUAUGAAAUAAUGGUCUUUCUUGUUGGGGAGUUGCUUUCUUGAGAUAACUGGUUACUUGUAUAGCUCGGGUCCUUUUGAUUUUUAGCCAAGCAGUUUAAAAGUGGUUGGCUUGUUCUUUUUUUUUCUUUCUUU